AUGUACCCCAACGACAAGAGUGAUAACGUAACGAUAUCCACACGCAUCGGGUCCAAAGCCUCAGAGCCAACCUUUAACUCCUCCAUCUCCAUCACCGUCCUCCCAGGAACCAGAGUCGACGACGACAUGCUCAUCUUGAGAGCGCGAUGUGGCAACUGCCGCUCUUUCAUUGACACCGAAGCGACAGCACACCCGAUGAUUUACGCUUUUGGCCAUGGACAGAACAUGCAAUCCGACUCACCCUCUGCAAACCUCAAACGACACAUCCGCUAUGGUCACUUCACCAUGGACAUGGUAACAGCAACCGGACCAGGCGGCGUGCCAGCAAAGAGCAACGCACUCAACGGUGUAAGCAUGGUGGGCGACAUGACCCGAGACCACGACCGAGCGAACCUCGCACACGCAGUCAUAGGAUGUCUAGCGCUCUUCCUACUCUGGCCACUCAACGUGUUACUCGUGGCCUUCUUCAAGAACAUCAAGAUACACGUCGUCUUCAGCGUACUCAUCAUGAUCUUCCUGCUUGUCAGUUACGUGUUGGGAGGAGUUACCAGUGCGCAGUACAAUCGCUCGAAAGCAUACAACACCCCACACCAAAUCAUCGCAUUCAUAUCCCUCCUACCCCUCCUCCUAACCAGCGUCCUCCCAUCCCUGAAACCAUACCUCCCGCGCCUCCAAAAAGCUCUCCACACGCCCCUCGCUUCAGCCUCCCUCGUCCUUCUCAUCCUAACCGGCGGCCUGGGACUCCACCUCUCAGGCCAAACCCGGCCAAUCGUCCUCAUCUACACCGCCAUUUCCAUUGCCGUCUUCCUCUUCAUCUUCAUCAUCCAGUCCUGCAUUCGGAAACGUGGAUCCGCAUACUCCCGCGCUGAGAGGCAACAAAACCGCGGGUCGGGCGAAGACAGCGAUGAGAUGGUCAUGCUGGGCAAAAUGGAGGAGCAAGAGGCAGCAGCAUGUGAGGAAUACGAGUCGCACGCAUUAUGGAGGUGGGACGAUGCCUGGUCCGCAGUAUUUGCUUAA